AUGGCCGAAAACGCACCAAUGGAGGUCGAUACGCCCGCCAUCAAGCAGCCCCGCUUCCAGGUCAAAAAGUGGAACGCGGUCUGUCUCUGGUCCUGGGACAUUGUCGUCGACAACAAACCACAUCAUGGAUCUUUGCAUCGAAUGCCAAGCAAACCAGGGCUCAGCAACUACAGAGGAAUGCACCGUCGCGUGGGGCCAGUGCAACGUACGUAUCCCACCAUCCCUUUCACUCGUGCACAAAUCAACGCUGACAAUCGAGCCCGCGACCAAACAGCACGCCUUCCACUUCCACUGCAUCUCGCGCUGGCUCAAGACCAGACAGGUCUGCCCACUCGACAACAGAGAAUGGGAACUUCAAAAGUACGGCCGAUGAGCAUCAAGGCCAUCUCCUCUGCAUCCGAUCCAAGCUCCAUCCUAUCGCUUCAUCUCUGCAUCACGGUCACGGCUGGCAUAGGCACAAUGAGCAGAGUCUGA